AUGGUAGCCGAGGCCUUGCCCAAGAGCCCCAAAGCUCCACUCGUACUUGGACUCCAACCAGCAGCUCUAAUCGAUAACGUCGCUCCCGUCGAUUGGUCCUUACUCGAUCAGAUUCCCGGCGAUCGCGGUGGCUCCAUUCCCGUGCAAAAGGAUGAGUUAGAGCACAUACUAAAAGAGGUGAAUACUCAUAUCAGUGCGGCUUCAUUUAAGAAGAUGGCUGGAGGAAGUGUGGCCAAUACAGUUCGAGGCUUGAGUGUUGGGUUCGGCGUAGCCACGGGGAUAAUCGGGGCUUAUGGAGACGAUGAGCAAGGCCAGCUAUUCGUCAGCAAUAUGGGUUUCAGUGGUGUCAGUAUCUCACGGUUGAGGAAGAAGAAUGGCUCCACUGCUCAGUGUGUUUGCUUGGUUGAUGACUCUGGUAAUCGAACAAUGCGACCAUGUCUUUCGAGUGCUGUGAAGAUUCAGGCGGAUGAAUUAAACAAAGAAGAUUUCGCAGGCUCAAAGUGGUUGGUCCUAAGAUAUGCAGUUCUUAAUUUAGAAGUAAUUCAAGCAGCCAUUCGACUUGCCAAGCAAGAAGGUCUCUCUGUUUCGUUGGAUUUAGCUAGUUUUGAGAUGGUCCGGAAUUAUAGAUCAGAGCUUCUACAGCUACUGGAGUCUGGUAACAUAGAUCUUUGCUUUGCUAACGAGGAUGAAGCAGCAGAGCUGCUAAGGGGUGAGCAAGAAGCGGGCCCGGAGGCUGCUCUUGAAUUCCUAAGCAGACAUUGCAAAUGGGCUGUGGUAACUUUAGCUUCUAAAGGGUGCAUUGCAAAACAUGAUAAAGAGGUGGUACAAGUAUCGGCCAUAGGAGAGACAGUAGCAACUGAUGCGACCGGAGCGGGUGACCUAUUCGCAAGCGGGUUUCUGUAUGGAUUAAUUAAGGGGUUGUCUUUGGAAGAAUGUUGCAAAGUGGGAUCAUGCAGUGGCGGUUCGGUCAUCCGUGCUCUCGGAGGAGAAGUAACCCCAGAAAACUGGCAAUGGAUGCACAAACAGUUGCAGCUGAAGGACUUGCCUGUCCCUGAUAUUCGCAACUAA